AUGUCGAAGAAGAAGGCGGCUGGUAGCACCAUGACGCUUAAGGACUUCCAUGGCGGCUCCAUACCAUCUGAUCUCCCUCUCCCUUCCGCUCCUGGAGUGAUUCCGAAGACUACUACGGAUCGACCUGUCUUUGAUAGAGCGCCUUGGGGUAAUUCAAUCGGCAGACCGGAUCAGAGGACAAGGCCGAGUUCGUCUCAUACUAUAAGAACUUUCGAUGAUAAAUCACUGUUUCUGCCUCACACAGCGAAUAUUGGACGCAAUUUCAGCGAAGAUGAGCGGAAGCCUCUGGAUGGUCACUCGGGUCCUCGUAGAAUGGUCAGUGAUGAUGUUUUCCGGGUUGCAAAUAGCCGUCUUGAGGUGAAAGCAGCAGACUCGGUUUUAGCCGGGAGACAAAGCGGUUGGUCAGCGCCGGCUGGUCCUUUCCCUGGGAGGAUGAAUGAUGUGACUCAUCCUGUGACUGGGGCUGGUAAUGGUGAGAGCUCAGUGUCAGGGACUCACUCUAAUGCUUGGACUGCGAGGAAGGAGGUUCCAGUGGCUAACAAUGAGCCGGGACAGUCUCCAUGGACUACACAGCCAGCUGUUUCUAAUUUGGUCCAUACAAAUGCGCUUGAGCCUUCAGUGAGAUGGCAGUCCAAGCUUUUGGUUCCUUCUCAGAUGGGUCCUAAUGAGCCACAUGGGACACAUGUAGAACGGGGCGUGGUCGCUGAAGAUGCAAUCCAGGGUGGGAGAAAGUUCUCGCGUGAGUAUGAAAAAGUUCCUGGUCCAGCUUAUGUGGACGUCAAGGAAGCAAAAGCUGUAGCAAGCAACAGCAAUAAGCCUCUUCUAAAUUAUUCUGACGUUAGGCAACCAGCUACCCCUACUGAAGUCGUGGAGCGACCUAAGCUGAACCUGCUGCCUCGGACGAAACCUCUUGAAGUCGUUGAGAAACCUGUGAAUGAUGGAAAACUGGAAAAUGGUGCUUCUAAUCUUAUUCAACGUGAAACUGUUUAUGCGACACAGAAAAGUAUGAACAGUUCAAAACAUGGUUCGUCUGCAGAUGAGAUUUCUAACCAGCCGGCUGAGCGCCCCAAGGUGUAUCUGAAGUCUGUUGCACAGUUGCUCGAGCAACCAGAAGUAAAGCCUGAAAAGGAAAGAAACGCGGUUUUUGGCGGUGCCAGACCACGAGAGCUGGUGUUGAAGGAGCGAGGCAUUGAUGAGACCGAGCACCACAAAUUGGAGCAACCAUUAGACAGGACGGUCCUGAAACCAAUCGAGAGAGUUCCAGAGCACGCAAACCAAAGGCCACUGAGCUCUCCCCGCGACCUGAGAACGAGGAAAUUCGACCAAAAGGACGGGCGAAGUGUAAGCGACAUCAACAGACCCGAAACACAGAGGAGAAACUGGCGUGACAAUGACAUCAAGAGCACAAGACAGCAACAACACCAGACUCAGGAGAAGACUAGACAUCCGUCACCAGAAACAUGGAGGAAACCGGUUGCCGAGAAGCCUCAGUCACCAGACGGAACAGGGCUUCGUCACGGGAAAGCAGCUUCUCCUCUUGAGCUAGCUCAAGCCUACUCUGACUCUAAAUCCGGAACUGGAAGCAGCAACUUUAACAUGAGCCGCAACAACAACCAGACGCAGCAACCGUUCUCGAGGUUGGUAGGAUCGACGACGACAACGACUCCAAGACAUAUCAAUGGCUACUGA